AACCUGGAAGUAGUACGUGAGGAGGCGGGGCUACGGAAUCUGUGGACGGAACGGAGAGCUAAUGCUAAGUGGCACGCGUGAUCUAACUACGUUAAAUUGCUGUUUUAAAGCAUUUAAUAUCUUUUAUAACGCCUUGUAUUUAAUCUUUGUCAAGCAUUUCUACACCUGCGCUGAAAAUAGGUUAAAAGAGACAGUUUAGAAACAGACAAUGUAUAACAUCGCAAGGUCAUAACGAGCCAGUAGCACAAUUUAUGUCCAGUUGGAUUGCAUAAAAACAUUUACAACAUUAUGGCGGGACUCAUCAAUUUUGAAGAUGAAGAAGAAGUAAAACAGUUUUUGGAUAAUUUGGGGGUGGAGUACAGCUUCCAGUGCUACAAUGAGAAAAACCCUGAAGGAUGCCAGAGGUUAGCCGACUACAUGGAAGGAGUGAAGCAAAACUUUGAGGCGGCUGCACAAGUACUGAAACACAACUGUGAAACAUAUAACCACCCAGGGAGCUGCUACAAGUUGGGGUCUUACCAUGUCGUAGGCAGAGGUGGUGUAAGUAAGUGCCUGAAAAGUGCCUACUCUUGCUUCAAGCGAGCAUGCGACGCCGGUGGAAAGAAGUCCAUGGACGCCUGCCACAGCGUGGGCCUGGUGGCUCACGACGGUCGGGCCAUGGAGGGUGGCACCCCUAAUCCGGAGGUCGCCCGCCGCUACUACGAGACGGCAUGCGCGGGUGGCUUCGCCCCGUCCUGCUUCAACCUGAGCGCUCUGUACAUAGAGGGCAACGCCAAAGGAGUGAAGCCAGACAUGGCCAUGGCAUUCAAGUAUGCCGAGCGCGCCUGCGAAUUGGGACACUUGUGGGGCUGUGCCAACGCCAGCCGAAUGUACAAGCUGGGCGACGGUAUCGAGAAGGAUGAAAAGAAGGCGGAGGAACUGAAGAAUCGGGCCAGGGAACUGCACGGGAUGCAAAAAGAGAAGCAGCUCAAAUUUGGAGAGUGACAAGAAGAGUGUGUGUUGACAAAAUAAACUUUGUGUCAAAAAAUAAUAUAUGUCCAGCAGACUUGAGUGUUGUGAUAGUCAUUGUACAAAAGAUGUGUAAUUCUGGCAAAGUUUUUAAAGAAAUAUUAUGAUAAAAAUUCUGAAUAUAAUUUGAACUCAUUAACCUGUUUGGGUUCAAACAGUUUCACCAAGCUCUACUUUUACCAGUCAUUACAAUGUACAAAAUUAUAAAUUUUAGCAUGUUUCAUGACAUGACAUUCUGUUUAUAAUGUAGCAAAAAACAAAAAUCAAGAGUAGUGUCACUUCAAAAUAAUAUUAAGUGAAAGUAGUCAUCCAAAAGAAAUACUCAAGUACAAGUGAAAAAGUAUUCGGGUAAAAAUACUCAAGGAAUGAGUAACUGCAUUCAAUUUCAGAAUUUUUUUUUUUUUCUUCUAAAUUUUUUUUUCUCAGCACAACGUCAUCUGAAUGAAGUGUUAUUAUUAUACUGUACUAAAACCUAUUACAAGACUAAAUUAGGCCCCAAAUAUAUAUAAAGUAUAAUCGAAUUACAACCAGAAAAAUCAACAGAAAUUAAAAAACAUUACCUAUCCAAGAGUGCCCUCUUGUGGAGAAAGCAUUUCUUACCAUGAAAUUAAAACAUCCGAUUUCUGUGGUUUAUUGGUGCCAAAUAAAAACGGAGAGUGGUUGAAAUUCACGCUUUUGAGUUGUGUUGACAGCAACACUCUGCAGUUCAUUUUUUGAGAGACGCCACGUGAUUGAACAGGCUGGUGUGAUCAUAGGACUUCCGACUGCAAGCUUGUGUGUGGCCAUGUGACUUGUUACAUCUGAUUGGUAUAAUGGAGUCGUGCUUAUUUUGUGAUGUCUCAUUUGUGAAGCUGGUAGAGCCGCUGUGGGCAUCUCUGACAAAAAUAAACAUUAAUUACGUAGAAUAAAGAGAAAAAAAUGUAACGACACUAGAGGAGCCCAAAGUAGCAGAGUAAGAGUAACGUUUCUUCACAAAUCUACUCAAGUAAAAGUAAAAAGUAUGGUGUGGUAAAACUACUCUUAGAUGUUACUUAAGUAAAUGUAACUGAGUAAAUGUAACGGGUUACAUUUACAUAUUACUUAAGUUAAACCUUAGUAAUUUUGGACUGAAGUUGUGAUGAUGUUCAUUUUAGUUGACACCAGUGUUUAUUUCUUAUUACAACAAUAUUUUU